AUGGCUAACCAUGAAAAAUUAGAUGCCGUUUCACUGAAUAAUGUAAACUGGCUCCUAAUAAGGCGUUGUCCACAGGUGCCUGUUAGGUAUCAAACCAUCCCUAGUCUCGUUACAGAAAAUGCGAAACUUCCACCACGAUUAUUUCCGUAUAAUCUACCAAUUGGACCGCGCCGACCUUUCUCGGUGAUAAGUAGGCCACCUGCUCUUGGAAUCGGAAAGAUCAGAGGAUUAGAAGAGAACAAAAAGAAUGAAUUAUCUACAGAGGAGUCAAGUGGGACGUUUCCGCCUAUAGAGAUAGAGAGCAAAAGCGAGAAGGAGCUCCAGGUUUUACGUGAAACGAGUUCCGACAGAGCCUUCGUUGGAGACGAGGAACUUCCAGCGCGUAAAAGCGAAGCAGUCACUUUGCCUGAACACGAGAAAAAUGCAGAUCUGGUGAGAUAUCGAGCUGUUAGAUACGAGCCUAGGCCCGAAAUAUGGCAAAAGGUUGCGUGUGUCUGGGACCAAGUCCAAACAAGACCCAAUCAGUUUCAUCAAUACGAGUCCGAUAGCUUAUUUCCCGCCAUAUCAGCGUCAACUGUUAGGUACGGAAACAGCAGGUUGUUUUUGAUAUUCUCUCCUAGAUCAGAAGAGAGGGAGAAAGAACAAAUCAAUACAGUUAAACCAGCAGAGCAAACAAUAGGAAUGCCAAAGUUACCGGAAGGAGGAGAAGACGGAAACAUAAAAUUCACCAGACCCACUCCAGGGUACGGAGGCUACAUCAGCCGAUAUCCAGAGGAACCCAGACCUCCUCAGGGAUCCUGGGAUGAGGUUUUUGUAAACUUUUCUAAGUUAACUUACAGAUCAUAUCCGUCCUACGAAUACACAAAGGAGGAAUUUGCUCACGAGGGACCACUGAGUAGACUUGUCACCACUACCCACCCCUCCAAUCCGUUUAACAAAGUUGAUAAAUGGAGCUCUCGACCAAAGAAACUUUGCAAACGCGCUGACCAUUCAAAGUUUAUUUUUGUCAAUUAA